AUGGGGGAAGAGCAGAAUGACAACGACAGAGAGCAAGCUCAUCAUUCACAUUCAAUGGCGUCACCAGGGCUCUCUUUACCUACGAGAUCAGCAAGUGUAAAGGUAUUUCAAAAUGGUGAGGCUGGUGAUCCAGAUUCGAAUCCAGAUCUGGUGAGGAGAGAUAGUUUGGAAGAUACCAAGUCAUUCUACGGGGUCAGACCAACUUCCCCACCAUCCCUAUCGAUCCAUCGACCCAAUUCAUCCUUAUCAAAAGUCAGUAAACGAAUACGAUCAUCUUCACUCAAUUCUACCCCCUCAUCCAUCGCCGGUGUAGGUUCUCCACCACGCAGUAGUGCACCAUUACCUACUCCCAAGGGAUUUCUUUCACCUAAAAAACCAAAUUUGGCUAUUCGCCUGGAGAAAAAGGAGAGAACUUCCACUUCUUCCUCCAAUCUCCGUACCAACUAUCAUACUCAUGAGGAUGGAGGAUUAAAUGGUCAUAAUGGUAUAGAUAAAUAUUCAAAUUCGAAUAUAGAAUUGAUAUCAAGUAGAUCAAUAUCACCACUUCAAGAAGAAGAAGAUUCCGAACAACCAGCUAUCAAGGAUAAUCGGUACAAUACCUUUGGUGAAAGCGGAUUAGAACUGAGUGAUAUAGGCUCGAGAUCUGGAUCUGGAAAACCUAUACAACAGAAAUCGUCAAAUAUAUCAUUAUCUUUCGACAAUUAUAACAAUAUACAUACUCAAAAUAAGUUGAAUACGAAUACGUCAAACUUGAGUGCCAAUACCAAUUGGGAUAAAUCGAUAGGUAGAUCCAUAACUGAAAUGUCUACUCCUCCUAGGACGGCUAAUAGUGAAUUAUCUUCGGAUGAAUUGGUCAACAGUAGAGAUAGGGAUAGUGAUCUGGAGAAAGGAACGGUCCUAGAUAGGAGCAAUUCAUCCAAAUUAAAAUCUAGACCAUCUUUAGCGAAAAAUGGGAAUAGGGGCGGGAAUGAAAGACACAAAAGGAAAUAUGAAUCAUUUGAGAAUCCCUUGACUACAUUCUUCUGGAAUGGUAAAUUAAUGACUGGAGGCGAUAAUUGGUGGUCAAUCUUGAUGAUCACCGUUUUCUUAUUGGGAUUAUCGGGUGUAUGGCUAGGAACGACGGGAGUAUGGUUAUGGGUUAAUGGGAGGGAAUAUGGAAUGGUGAGAGGUGGUGGGGUAGCAAUUACUAUCAUCUUCGUGUAUCUAUUCGGUAUAACGACUAGUUCGUUAAUUGCUUCGGCAUUCAGAGAUCCAGGUAUCAUACCACGUAAAUUAGAUAUAGAUCCACCUAUGUCUCGAAAUGACGAUUAUUGGGAAGCUUGGCCAAGGGAUAUCGAUGUGAAUGGUACAAAAGUGACGGUGAAAUACUGCGAGACGUGUCAGAGUUACAGACCACCUAGAAGUAGUCAUUGUAGAUUGUGCGGAAACUGUGUAGAUGGAAUUGACCAUCAUUGCUCGUAUCUACAUUCGUGUGUGGGAAAGAGGAAUUACUUCUCAUUUCUAGUAUUACUUAUUUCCGCUACCAUAGCAGACAUCUAUAUCAUAGUCUUCUCCGCACUUCACUUUUCCCUUCUAUGCCAUCACGACCAUGUAUCAUUCCGUAAAGCUUUAUCGGAAUCACCAGGUGCAGCCGUCAGUUUCUUGUUGGGAGUCAUGUUGAUAUUACCUAUAAUGUUUUUGCUAUGGUAUCAUCUUAGAUUAUUGUUAUAUAAUAUAACAACAGUCGAACAGAUACGAGCCAACACCUCUAGCAACUUAUUCGUAACUUCCAAACGACCCGAUAAUCCAUUCGGCUCCAAUAGCUUAUUUGACAAUAUUAUUUUGGCUUCGAUCGGUAGACCUCAGUUCCCAAGCUGGAUAGAUGCAAGUGGGAUCGAGGAGGUCGAUAAGAGGGAGAUCAAUCCGGCUUUGAAAGAUCUAAGAUGGGUUAGAGAGAGGGAGGGGUUGUAG